CCACCACGGCACAGGGGCCUCCAGCUCUGGUACAGUUCCAUGGUGUCUCCGCUGCCACUAGCAGUCGUUCCAGCGCCUCCAGCGCUCCAACACUCCGACACCCCAGCGCUCGCCGGUACCUAGUGCAGUCGCCUCCAGCAGCUCCCCCGAAGCAGCGCCCCGAACAGGUGCCCGUCGUCCUCCGGGCAAUCACGGACAGGCUCUCUCCAUCGUCCGAACAGCCUCGGUCCUCGACCCCGUUCCCCCGGCCUCCCUCGAUUCCUCGACCCUCUCCAAGGCCUCGGGCUGUUUUUGCACUCCAGCGCCGCAGCUGUAUCGUGCAGUAGUUACACUCCUCCGCUCCGACCCCGUUCGGUAACCGCAGCAUACAGCCGCAUCUCGCAUCCCGCAUCUCGCAUCCCGCGUCCGCAAGUCGCCGUAGCUCUCCAGGGUUCCCCCCCAAUCCCGCCCCCCAACUUUCCUGACUCAGCCACCGAAGGCUACUUUCAGCUGCUCGCUCCGUCGUUCAAGCUCCGUCUCACCUUACAACACCAUCAUCACCACCACUGUCCCCGAUCUCCCCCCUCUUUUGCGAAGAAGCACCCUCUUCCCUUGGUCAGGGCCCCCCUCCGUCGAAACAAUCCAGAGCCAUGGUCGCAGCCGCCACCCUCCCCGCCCCCGUCGGGGAGCCUCAGAAGCUUGAGAAGAAGCCCAUCAAGUUCUCAAACUUGCUCCUGGGCGCCGGUCUCAACAUGUUUGAGGUCACCACCCUCGGCCAACCCCUCGAGGUUACCAAGACCACCAUGGCCGCCCACCGCGGCGAUGGCUUCGGCGCUGCCAUGGGCCGCAUCUGGUCUCGCGGAGGUGUUCUUGGCUUCUACCAGGGCCUCAUUCCUUGGGCCUGGAUCGAAGCCUCGACCAAGGGCGCUGUCCUCCUGUUCGUCGCUUCCGAGGCCGAGUACUACGCCCGAGCGGCCGGCGCGUCGGAGUUUGGCGGUGGCAUCCUCGGCGGCAUCACGGGCGGUGUCGCCCAGGCCUACGCCACCAUGGGCUUCUGCACCUGCAUGAAGACGGUUGAGAUCACCAAGCACAAGAUGGCCGCUGCGGGUGUUAAGCCCCAGUCCACCUUCCAAACCUUCAUGGACAUCUACCGCAAGGAGGGCAUCCGCGGCAUCAACAAGGGUGUCAAUGCCGUCGCCAUCCGUCAGAUGACCAACUGGGGUUCCCGCUUCGGUCUCAGCCGUCUUGCCGAGGGCGGCAUCCGCUCCGCCACCGGCAAGAAGGACAACGAGAAGCUCUCGGCCGGCGAGAAGAUCCUCGCCUCGGGCAUCGGUGGUGGCCUCAGCGCCUGGAACCAGCCCAUCGAGGUCAUCCGUGUCGAGAUGCAGAGCAAGAAGGAGGACCCCAACCGACCCAAGAAGAUGACAGUCGGCAACACCUUCAGGUAUAUCUACGCCAACAAUGGCAUCAAGGGCCUCUACCGCGGCAUCGCGCCGCGCAUUGGUCUCGGUGUCUGGCAGACGAUUUGCAUGGUCGCCUUCGGUGACAUGGCAAAGACUUAUGUUGAGAAGCUGACCGGCGACUCGGUCACGGCUAAGCAUUAAGCGGCGUUCUGGAAUGGGCACACUUUGAAACACACAAGGCGGGGGCAUGGUAUUUUUUUCUAAGGCUGACGCGGACGCCGCGGGGCCUUGCUGGGUCUCCUUGUUCCUGACUUUCUUUUUCUUGUCGUAUUAUGGCCCAGGCAAGUGUGCCUCUUGAGUGAGUGUGCGUGUGUGUCCAGCGAUGACGGUUGUCUAAGCGAGCGAGGGAGCAGGAACUACUCUCCCCACCCCCGCCGUGGCCGAGUAUCUUCUUGCGAGUACAAAUCUAUAUGCGGGCUGGACGGGCGCGUUUAUGUGCGCGAGGCGCGUGCUCGCUGUGCGCGGAUGGCAACUAUGUGGUCUGUUUUGAUUCCCUUCCUGGGUUCCAUGACACUUGUUAUAGACACGCUACGAGAAUAGGGGUGCUAGAGGGCCCCUAUAAAACGAAAUAGACGGUAUUUAAUACCACGUCCGUCUGACUUUCUCAUAGGAGUGAUAUAUAAGGGGUUAGGAAAGCGGUAAAGUCUAAACAUAUCAGGAAGGUAAAAUAAUAGACGAAAAGGG